UCUGCUCCGCUUCCCGCUCUUAUCGCGGGUUAUUCGACAGCAACGAAUACCGAGUAGAGAAUACACAGCGCAGGAUGUCGUUUCUCCAGUAUUGCACCGUCUGUGACAAGUUGCUCACCGUGCCCUCCAACAACAUCCUCUACUGUUCAGAAAAGUGCCGAAUCACAGACGCAAGAGCACACGCCAGUCCCUCCUCGUCGCCGACCGCGACGCCCAUCACCGCAAGCUUGCCCUACGCUCGCGCAUCCGCACAACCACCCACCGCCUACUCCCUCCAGCACUCCUCCUCUCCCCAGCGCAGCCUGGUCGGCCUCGACGCGUCAUAUUCCUCCGCCAUGCUCUCAAAGAGCUCGCGCAUGCACCCCAACAGCAUAUACUCUGCCUCGCCGCGCUCGGUCGACCUCGUGUCCCCCAUGCGGAUACCGCAGCCCCCCGCGCCGGCCUCUGCCAGCACAGCAACGUCCGCGAGCGACGAGUUUUUCGAGUCGACGUUUGACGUCCCGUUCAUGCUCGAGAAACCGAGACCUGAGCUAAACCUCGGCAUUGGCUCUCCUCACUCCCGAGAAGGCGGACUGAAGCGGUUAUUCCACUUCAGUGAGCCCCAGGGAUCCUCCUAGUCUGCUCUGUACACUAUCGCUCAUUAUCGCUCUGCCAGCAGUCGUUCAUUGUAAUCUGUAUAGGUGCUGUCGGUGGACGGCCAAUUUCUUUUUGUUGCUCAGGUUUUCAAUCUUUUGGUCUAGAAUGGUUUGGAUAUAUAAUACUAGAUAACUACAUAAUACAUUAUACAUAAUACACAACACAACACAUA